AUGGCCGACAUAAGCUCCGAGUUCCACCGUUCGCAGGAAGCCCCCGGCCGGAUUUGCCUGGAGGCCGCCCGGAAGGUCCUGAUUGGACAUGUCGAUCUCCGGCCGGGCAGCGCGGUGACCGAAGGCUACCUCUGGAUUUCAGACACUGCCUCCGAAGCACCAGAGGAGUUGGCGGCCAGCAGCGCGAUUAGAUUCAGCGGCGCUGGCGAGAUCAGCCUAGACAUUGGCUCCAGUGCUGCUCAACUUGUUGUGGUUCAGACGAUUCCGGCGACGGAAGUGUCAGUUCGACUUCGAGCACCGUGCCUGGCUUCCAGGGAGGACAAGUUGGACGACUGGGCGGGCCAGAAGCAGUGGCUCUUUUGCACGAUGAUGGCUCUGCGCAGACAUCUGUCGCAGGGUGCAACGGCGCUCAUCACGGAGUUUGCGCGUCCAACGUUCCCGGUUCGCGAAGUCGCGAUUGGCUUGAGCCACGACCACAUCUGCUGGGCGGAUCAAGAGUGA